AGCAGAGUAUAGAGUGUGUGAAACUGUGACAGACGUGUAUGAAAGUGAUAAGAUAAUAAAAAAAAAUGAAAAAUAAUAAAAAUAAAUAAUAAUAUCAAGUUUCUUCGUAAAAUAUUACUAUUUUUAAUUUUUCUGUUCGCCUUCUUGCAGGGAAAUGAUGAAUUAAGAAGCAAGGCACAUGCUAUGAAGUGUCUUCGGUGACUUCGCACAUGAAUGCUGAUAACCGAAUGAAUGAAACCAUUUUCUCAUUUCUCGGAAAUGAAGUUUUGCGUUAGCCGUUAGCUGAGAAGCGGGUGAAAAAAAUCGAUAGUAAUGGAGGUGAACGACGCGACUGGGGAAACCUUGUCCAAAAGUACGCUCCAGAUGCCGGCGAAAAGAAAAAACGUGAAACCGGAAAUGUUGAAGAAACUGCUGAAGCAAGUGUGCGAAAAUGUUUCCAAUCCUAACGCCAUCGGCGCGUUGUACGCGUUGUUCGAAAAAGACAGUUUUCUCAUCACCGUUACGGAUUUGAAGAACGCUUUCAAAGCUACGUUGUACAUCGAUGGUAUGGAAUUCGAGAGUGUCGCUGGUCAAAAAAAGAAAGCGCGCAACGACGUUACGACGAAAGCUUUGAAGCACUUAUUUUUCGGCGUUUUAGAAAACAGCUCUGAAAAGUCGUCGAAAAAUGAAAUUCCGCCGACUCGUACGAUAGUUGCCGAUGAUUCGAACGUCGAAAGUAGAGCUUGGACGGUUCAUCGCCACGAUGAUACGGUUUCCGAGGAGGAGUCGCCGCCGCCGCCGCCGCCGCCGCCACCGCCGCACGAUACGACCUUACAAGCGGUUGCGAAAUGCGAGAAACUUCAUUCGAAUCAUUCGAGUAACGGAAACGUGCAGAAGAAAAUGAAAAGAGACUGCGAGAUGCACGUCGAUCCUCAUCUGUUACCACCCAAGAGAAAGGAGAUCAAAAAUACCAUUUUGGAGCGCGUUGUCAAGCAGGCGUUAGGUAUAGAAGAGUGCCAAAAUCCGAAUACCAUUACCGCGCUGUACACGCUGUACGAAAGAGAUUCUUUCUAUUUCGAAGUGGUGCCCGUCGACGUCGACGGCAACGGCAACGAUAACAAAUUUUUGGCUCGUUUACACAUCAACGGUAGAGUGUACUCGGAGAACGCGUCCGGCAUUAAGAAAGCUAAAACUAACGCCACGCUGAAAGCGUUGAGAGAUUUGUUUCCUAAAAUUGCCUACGGAGACGAUCGCGACGGUGCGUCCGAAAGUCCACUUUCCGAACACGACGAGUGUUCUCAAUCGUCUAAGCAAGAUUUCGGUUGCGUGAAGCUUACGCGCGCCAUUAAAGACGAAUUCGACGCUACGCGAUGUUCGCCGCCUGCGCCUGCGCCUACGCCUACGCCUGAAGACUGUUCUCCGAAAAACUCUCAAUGUUACAGCUUUUGCGACAUUAUCGCGUCUCUUGUACAGAACAAAUACAACGCUGUUGUACAAUCAUAUCCCGAACAUGCGCAAAGGUACAGUGUGCUAUCUGGCAUUGUAAUGAUUCGAAAUAAUGAUAUAUCAAAUGCUACCGUCAUUUGCGUUUGUACUGGUAAUAAAUGUCUUCUCGGAGAUCACGUAUCGAAAGAUGGCAGCGUUCUAUUCGAUUGCCACGCUGAAAUAUUGAGCAGACGAUGUUUGAUGUUGUACUUGUAUUCUCAGCUCAAUGUUUCUCUGAGCAACAACAACAACAGCAGCAGCAGCAGCAGCAGCAGCAACGACGCUAUUCUCGAGUUACUCGACAGCGGAUAUUACCGGGUAAAAGACGGAGUAAAAUUCUAUCUGUACGUAAGCUCGGCUCCGUGCGGAGACGGCCGCGUAUUUAGUUUCUCGGCGGCCAAAAAUGUGGACAGGCCGAAGAUGGUGGAAAAGCGAGGAGUGCUGAGAGUGAAAUUGGAAUCCGGAAUGGGAGGCAUACCCGUUACCGAGUAUAUCGAUAUCAACCCUACGUCCGAAGAUUAUAUGAAAGGUCAACAGAUGGUUCUUAUGUGCUGCUCGGCCAAAUUAAUGCGUUCCAACGUGUUAGGCGCUCAAGGGGCACUUUUGUCGCACUUCUUGCUGCCGGUGUAUUUCGAUGGCGUACUUAUCGGCGACGUUUUUCAUAAAGGUAAUUUAGAGAGAGCUCUGUACGAAAGAGUCGAGAGUGACGAGCUGAAAAAUUUGCCGUCUUCGUACAAAUUGAACAAACCAGCCAUCGAAGGUAUUACCAGUAGCAGAAUAGUUAUAAACGUUAAGCCCGGCAAAUCCUGCAUGAAUUGGAUAGCGUGCGAUCCGACGACGGUGGAAUUCAUCAAAACCAAAACUGGUCUGACGUCGCUAAAUUCUGUAUCUCGUUUGUCUAAACUCAACUUAUUCAAACAGUUCCUAGAUAUAUACGUAGUUAUUUUUAAGAAUACCGAGUUAGCCGAAGCAGUCUCGAUCUCUUAUCUCGCUUACAAACAGAAAGCGUUGGAUUAUCAACUCGCUAAAAACGUAUUUUUUAAAGCUUUAAAAACUAGACAGAAGGGUCAAUGGAUAAGAAAAUCCGAGGAAUCGGAUUCUUUUCUUCUUGAAAAAUUCGAUAAUUCUCGUUGAGUUAGCCCUUGGUUGUGUAUUUCGCGGUCAUUCUCGUUGAUUUACUAAUUCAUUUUUACGCGCGUAUUUUUUUCCUCAAACAGCGACGAAAGAUUUAAUUUUGGUUUUAUUAUUAUCCAUUAUCGCGUGAUAUUCGUAUUAAGGAAAUACCAUUUAAUAACGUUCGUUUUUCUUUUCUUAUUUUUAAUCAACGAUACUCUCGUAUUUUGUACAUAUUAUUUUUAGAUGUAAUAGUUUUCUUCAUCAUUUUGUUCGUUCUUGUGUGUUUUUUUUUUUUUACUCGGAUCAUUUUUUUCAAUUUUGUUUUUGAGUAUUAAAAAAUUUGGCGAUUACCGA